AUGGAAUCUAAAUAUAAAACAAUUACGUGUUUUUUUUUUUUAACUAUAAUUCCGGCACUAUUUUUUAAAGUGCAUGUGGCUACAUGCAAAGAUUUACAUGAACAUGCAAAAGUCAUAUUAAAAUACCCGCUAUACUCAGGUUUAGAGGAGGAGUCAUUUCAAAUAAUAGAAGGAAAACCAUUAAGUGAUUAUUUGAUAAUAGGUGAAACAAAGUUAAAAAGUUUAUUUGGAUUAGAAGUUGAAGAUGGAUUAAAGGUUAGAGUGAAUGAAAUAGAAUUGGAGAAAUCAGAAUUCAGUCAUUCAAUUUCGGAAUUCAAGGUUGCAGAGAAUGAAGACAUAUUAAUAGAGUUUAUUUUGAAAGAUGAGUUUAAUUCACAGAAUAAGAGUAAAACGGAAACUCAGAUUGAUAUGUUUGGAAAACAAGAGGAUUAUAAUUUGAAAACACAAGAAGGAAUACUAAUUUUAGGCUUUUCUUCAAUAGAUGAUGAAGUGUUUAUUAAUCCAUCAAAGGUUCCAAAGACAGUUUCUGUAAGAGAAAAGUUUCCAAUGACAUUUGGAGAGUUAAAGAAAGUAAUAGAAAAUUUUGCAAAUCCUCUGGAAUUUUCAAUAGAGUCAGUUAAAACGUUAAGAAACCCAAAUAAAGAGUUAAAAAUACAGAUGAAUAGCAAAGAACAGAAUAAAAUGUCAGAUUUAGAGAAUGGUGAUUUGAUAAAAAUAAAGAUAAGAGAUUUAAGCUUAAGUAAUGAGGAAAAUGAAGAUACAGAGAUUAAUAAUGAGUCAUAUAGUUUUAAGGAAGAUAAUUUUCAAGGGUUUGAAUCAGGAAGUCAGGGGGAUUUCCCAGUAAUGAUCGUAUUCUCGAACAUAAAAGAAGUUCCAAGCAAAUUAAUCAAUUUGAAUGAGGACUCAAAAGUAGGAGAUUUACUUGAAAGAUUAUAUAAAAUAACAUUUCCAGGUACAGAAAAUGCAUUAAUUUCAAAGGGAGAUAGAAUUGCGAUUCAAAAUGAGGAGGGGAGAGAGGUUGAUCAAACUGAGGAAGUAGAGUUAAAAGAUUUCGUUCCUGAAGGGGUAAAUAUUUCAAAAAAUAGACCUUUUGUAAUUUAUGUAACAGUCUUUGGAGGCCAGGAGGAAGACAGCAAAGUCGAUUAUAGCGAAUUAAGUAUGAGACAGGAUUUGAGCAAGAUUUUUGAGAAAAAGGAUGAGAAGGAUAUUGAAGAUUUAGUAUUUAAUAGCAACAAUCAAGUAAAAACUAUUGAUUCUGAUUUUGAGGCAAUACCAGAUAGAAGAAAAGAUCUUGAUUCCCCAAUUGUAAAAUUUCUAAACCAGGUAGGGAAAAUAGAAUACGAAAUAAAAGGGGAUCCUUCUUUAACUACAAUAGCAUCAUUAUAUUCUCAAGCCCAGCUAGUUUGGAAUUCUAGGGGAAACAAAGAAAAGAACUGCUUAUUAGUUUAUGAAGGUAAUAAUAAAGAAGAUAGUAUAAUUUUGGAUCCAAAUGAUCAUGAAACAAUAAGUACAUCAAAAAUAUAUUACCAAGGGAUGAAUUUAACAAUGAAAGAACCUAAAAAAGUAAAAGUUGAGAUUCUGGUUUACUUGACCAUAAGCAAAGAAUCUGAAGAUCAGAUUGAUGACAAAAUUCUGUUUACUAGGAAUCUAGAGAUCCCAGAGAUCAUUUCAGUUUUCGAUUUUCUAAAGAUGGUUUAUUUGAAUUACAGUAAUGAGCUAUCCAAAUACCUGAUAAUUGGAGUCCAAAAAAAUAUAGAAAACGAAAAGUUAAUUGAGUACUUACCAGUUCCAAAGACUCCAUCUUCAAUCACAUAUUUAACAUUUCACUCUGAAAGAAAUGAUGUAGGUGUAUUUAUAGAGGUUUUACCAACAAAAAGUGUUGAGAUAAUGUUAAUGAUUCCUUCAAAUUCGAUAGGCGAGGAAAUAUCAGAAAAAAGCGAGGAGGAUUCAGAUUUGAAUGAUGAGUCUUUGUUUGAAUACAGGCUAAAGAUACUUUCGAACACAACAGUAAAAGAGUUGAUUGAAAGUUUGAUAGAAAGGAAGAUUCUGGAUAAAUCUAUUCCAGCUAAAACAGUUCAUAUAAAAGACAAAGAAUCAGAUACUUACUUGAAUAAUGAGUACAUUAUUGGCCAUCAUUCUACUGGAAAAAAAGUUGGAAAGAAAAAAAGAAUUAGCAAGAUGAUUUUUGUAGUUGAGAUCAUUGAAAAGUUUAAUCUGAAUGUGAUGUUUUAUAAUUACAAAGGAGAAGAGUUCCCAAUAGAGCCUUUUCAACUUAUGGUAAAAAGUAAUCAAAGUAUUAAAAAGUUAAAAGAAGAUAUAGUUUCUAAUGGAGUAAAACAGGGUAUUUCACUAGAUGUAAACCAGAUGGGAAUAGGGUCAGGGUUUGACAUUGGGAAAGAGUUCAAAAAAGUAGUAUAUACAAUAUUAAAGGAAACUGAUAAAGUAGAAAAUAGCGGUUUACUUCCAAAUGACGAAUUAAGGGUCUAUCUACUUAAAGAAAGUCAAGAAGGAACUGAAAAGAAAAAAAAUACAGACUUUGGUAUUGACAAUCAAAUAAAGUUUGAAAAUAUGAGCAUUAAUCAAGGAUCAGGACCUAAGUUGGAGAUUCCUUUAAGUAUAGAAAAUUGUCCAUUAAAUACAAUGUUGGAGAGAAGGUGGUUCAUAGUUCCAAUGACUUUAGGACUUCCAAUUGGUGAGCUAAAGGAAUUGAUCGACAACAUAGCGAUGUUGGGGGGAAUGGACUUUGAUUUGUUUGGUGAAACUGAAAAGGGUAAACUUGAAUUAAAUCAGGAAUCUGAAAGUUGUUUGAGUUUGGGAGUUACUGAAUUAGGGCAUUUGACGGCCAUUUGUAAUGGAAAAAAGAUUCAUAGGGCUAAUAGAAAAGUAGAACUGGACAAAUCUGUAUCUCAGGCAAUUCUCGAUGAUAUAUGUGAAGAUGAUGAAAAUUCUGAUAAAUGCAAUAAACCAACAGGAGAGGUUUUGGAUAAACUUUCAAAUUACAAAAAAGAUCAAGUAGAUGCUUUUUUUGAAGAAGAUUCAACGGAAGAGUUGAGUGAGAAAGAGAUCAAGGAGAGAGAAGAGAAAAAUAGAGAAUCUAUGGAAUUAUUAAAAAGAAUUGAGAAGAAAAUCAAUCAAUUGGAGGAGGAAGAACUUAAAUUAAAAAAAAAUAAAAAGAUGAUGGAUAAGCUAAUUAAAAAGGAAACAUUGAAUUCUUCAAAAAACAAUCUAAAUGAAAAAGAAUUGGUAAAGUUACUGAGAGAUUUUCUAACAGUUUAUGUUUCUAAAGGGACCGCCGGACUUAAUAGAUUCUGUAGAAGACAAGGGUCUGAUAGGAUUGAACAGCUUGUAAUGUAUACUUCCACAAUUGAGGGGAGAAAAAUGUCAAGAAAGCUAGCAAAGAAGAUUGCGGAAAGAGAAAGGAGAAAAAACAAAGCAAGGAAAAAUAAAAGAAAAGCCUUCAGUGGCAAGAACAUGAUGUUGAAUCUCGAAUACUCUAUAAUGCCCAAAAUUGCUCAAUACUCUGAGUACGAAGAAGAAUCAUCUUCUUCAUACACAAGCGAAAACAGCGAUUUAAGUCGCUCAGAAGAGCAAAGCAUUCCUCAAGUUAAAGGCAGCACAAAAUUAAAAAAGAAAUUAACGAAAAACAGAGAUUUGGAGAAAAGGUCUUUGAAUGGGGAUUUAGACCCUGUUACAAAAAUCCAAAAGAGAAGUAAAAAAAAGAAUAGAAUUAUAAGAGCUUUAAAAAAAAUACCAGUCAUAUCUCCAACUGUCUCAUUUCUCUACUCUCGUCUCUCAACUAGAGGUAAGAAGAGGAGGAAGGCAAAAAAGUAUAUCAAAGAAAUACGUGAAUUGGAGAUCCAGUUCAGAAAAAAAGCAUACGAACAUUUUCAAAAUAUAAAUCAUUCUCAAAAAAGAAAUGAAAAUCAAGAAGAAGAUUACAUGAUAUAUUUAAUGAGCUAUUAG